AUGGCGGAGACUCGGGCGGCCGAGAUCAGUAGAUAUUUGAAGUCUUUAUGUCGCGCUUCUUGUUUAAUUCAUUCAAAAGGUGGGCUAAUAGUCAUACUGUGGACUGUACUAGUCAACCAGUUGUCAAUAUACAGCAGUGCUGGAUAUUUGUUCAGUUUUAUCAUUAAAGAGAAGGACCCAGUGAACACUUUCUGGUUUAAUAUCGCUCUUAGCUUAAUACAAUUUGUUGGAUUUCUUCUUUAUCCAGUCACUGGGCUAUUGGCUGACAUAUAUUGGACCAGGUACAACACAAUGUAUGCUGGGCUGUUUUUUAAUAUGCUCGGAACUAUUGCACUGACCAUUGCUUCUUUUUUAGUCUACUAUGGCCAGAUUACUACAUGGACUUUUAUACUGUUUGGGAUUGUUUUGCCUUUGGGCAGUCUACAAUUUGGUGUUGCUUUGUUUUCGUCCAAUGCUAUUCAAUUUGCAACUGAUCAAAUGCCAGGAGCAUCUUCUGAUAACUUAAGUGCACUGGUUUAUUGGUACGUGUGGGCUAUUUUUUUCGGACAAGGGGAAGGUAGCUUGUUGCUACUAGUACUCGAUCUGUUUACUUCACUCAGAAUGGCAGUGUAUUUGUCAAUUAUUAUCAUAUGUGUCGUUCAAGCUUUCUGUCUUCUGUUUGGAAUAAUCGCAAUAGCUUUAUUAAAGCAAAAAUUAGUCAAUGAGCCUGCUGGUCGUAACCCAAUAAAGGACCUGGCAAAAGUUUUGAAGUACUCUUGGCAUCACAAAACUUCACGCUUUGAUCAUCGGAGUGCUUUUACAUAUGGAGUUGAAACCCCUAGUCGACUUGAUUUUGCUAAACAGAGAUUUGGAGGCCCUUACACAACUGAAGAAGUUGAGGAUACAAAAACUUUUUUUCGUGUACUUAUAGUACUGUUAAGUUUAAUUGGAUUCUAUUUGGUGGAUGAAACUAUUGCAACAAAUAUACACAUGCAGGAGCUAAGAAAUACCUUAGGUUUGACUGCAGAUGGAGCUUUUGACUAUUUGACUAUGAUGUCAUUUACUGGUUCAUUGCUAACUAUAUUGUUUUUCAUUCCAGUCUACCAGUGUUGUUUACAACGGUGUAUAAAGAUGCCUUCCAUGCUGAAACGAAUGUUCAUUGGCCUUAUGUUUGCACUGGUUGGUGCAAUCAUAUUGCAAGUAAUAGAAAUUGUGCUGUCUGUCAAAGUGCAACAUUUAACUACUUGCAGUCGUUGUGAAUUGAUGAAGAAUGAUUCAACAUGCCAAGAGAUUUCGUUAUUAGAAAACACCACUACAACUCUGAGCUUCAAUACAGCAUUAUUACCUUAUCAGAUUGUAAUCAUUGUACAGGUUGCCAAUGGAAUAGCUUUUCUUCUUGUAUUUGUAACAGGAAUAGAAUUUAUACUAGCACAGGCACCAAGACUCAUGCAAGGUUUUUUAAUAGGAAUUUGGCAUGCUGGGGCUUGUGUUAAAAUAUCAAUUGGAAUAAUAAUGUCCAUUGAAGCAAUUGAUUGUCAGUUUUAUACUGUUGCAUUUAGAAUUGGAGCAAUGGUUCUAUUUCUGCCAAUAUACACCAUAACUGCUGCAAAAUACAAGAGAAGAGAAAGAGAUGAGUAUGCUACGAUUAACCAACAAAAUAUUAUUGAAGAAUAUUGCAUAAGAGCCUUGGACAGACGUGACAAGUAUUACGAAGAGCUGUCAAAUGAUGAUACUCCAUUAGUAACAUACUAA